ACAACAGACGGGAGGGGAGUUCCCGGGGGAGGUCCCGGUCCCUGGCCUAGUCAUUACUGUUCUACCGAGUUCAACAGAUGAGGCGGUGAGGCCACACCAGGUGACCAACCGACAGUGAAGCCUACGCAUUAGAUAAUCUUCGCGCAGGUCUGUGCUGUCCAUGUGACUCUGGAGCGCGGUGUUGUGUUUGUGUGCGUGUUAUCCGCUUACAGGGGCUCUCAACGCAAAGCCCCUGUCAUCUUACUCGCGCUUCUGCUUGCUCAUUCCCGAUGUGCCAACUGGAGAGAGAAGAGAAGCGACGUUAGUUGUUUGAACCGUUAAGGGGAAAACGUUAGGAGAGCCAUGGCGAACCCAGGACAAAAAGUGGUGCUAAUCACCGGUUGCUCCUCCGGGAUCGGGCUGAGGAUGGCGGUGAUGCUCGCUAAGGACGAGAAACAGCGCUAUCACGUCAUUGCCACCAUGCGAGACCUGAAGCGUAAAGACAAGCUGGUGGAGGCAGCAGGUGAUGCGUACGGGAAGAGCCUCUCUCUAGCUGUGUUGGACGUGUGUACGGACGAGUCAGUCAAACAGUGUAUCGACGGAAUCAAGGACAGACAUGUCGACGUACUCAUUAAUAAUGCAGGUAUAGGUCUGGUGGGACCGGUGGAAAGCAUCAGUAUAGCUGAGAUGAAGAGUGUGUUUGAGACCAACUUCUUCGGUGUGAUCCGGAUGAUCAAGGAGGUGAUGCCAGAUAUGAAGAAGAGGAAGGGAGGACACAUCAUAGUGGUCAGCAGUGUCAUGGGACUACAGGGUGUCGUGUUUAAUGACGUGUAUGCUGCCUCGAAGUUUGCCAUGGAAGGGUUUUGUGAGUGUCUGGCUGUACAGCUGCUCAAGUUUAACGUCACUAUGUCUAUGAUAGAGCCAGGCCCGGUCCAUACAGAGUUUGAAUCGAAGAUGAUUCAGGACGUCCGUCAGAAAGAGUUCCCUGGGGCUGAUGCCGAUACCGUCAACUACUUUAAAAACGUCUACCUGCCCUCCUCCGUCGACAUCUUUGAGACGCUAGGACAGACCCCCGAUGACAUCGCCAGGUGUACUAAGAAGGUGAUUGAGCAGGGCAGUUCUGCACGGUUCCGGAACCUUACCAACCCGCUGUACACGCCCAUCGUGGCACUGAAGUAUGCAGACGAGACGGGCGGCCUGUCGGUGCACGCCUUCUACCAUAUGUUGUUCAACCUGGGGCCCCUGAUGCACGUCAGCAUGAAGGCUAUGCAGUACCUGACCUGUGGAUGUCUACGCUCCAGGACCAUCUCCCCUAACUAGACACACACACACACACACACACGCAGAGACACACACACACACGGGCGCGCAGAGACACACAGAGACACACGAGCAUGCAGAGACAGGUGCCAGGCACACAGAGACACACACACAUAGGCACACGGAGGCACACAGUGACACACACACACACUAGUAUGCAGUACCUGACCUGUGGAUGUCUGCGCUCCAGAAACAUCUCACCCAACACAUACGGAGAGUCAAGACACACACUGUAAAGACAAACUCAAAACCCCCCCUGCAGUUUUAAAGUGUUCCUCCCUCUGUGAGCUGCCAUACUUUGUACUGUUUGUUUUGAUAUAAGCAGGACCUACAGAAGGUGAAAUGUAACAUCUCUGUCUGUCUAACAUAGACUAUGUAUGUAUAGACACUAUCUUGUCCUGUGUAGUUGCCUGCCUUUGUCUGCUACAUUAAGACAAACAGAGGUACAUCACAAGGUGAAAUGUAACCUCUCUGUCUGUCUAACAUAGUGUCUAUACAUACAUAGUCUAUCUUGUGUGUAAUAUAUGUCAUUUUGAAUAGAAUGGAUCGGCUCUAUUUUGACAUUAAAAGCUCUUUCUACCUUC